AUGCCCGCCGGCCGCCCGGGCCCGGCCGCCCAAUCCGCGCGGCGGCCGCCGCCGCUGCUGCCUCUGCUGCUGCUCUGCGUCCUCGGGGCGCCGCGAGCCGGAUCCGGAGCCCACACGGCCGUGAUCAGCCCGCAGGACCCCACGCUCCUCAUCGGCUCCUCCCUGCAGGCCACGUGCUCAGUGCACGGGGACCCCCCCGGGGCCACGGCCGAGGGUCUCUACUGGACCCUCAAUGGGCGCCGCCUGGCCCCCGAGCUCUCCCGCGUGCUCAAUGCCUCCACCCUGGCCCUGGCCCUGGCCAACCUCAACGGGUCCAGGCAGCAGUCGGGGGACAACCUCGUGUGCCACGCCCGGGACGGCAGCAUCCUUGCCGGCUCCUGCCUCUAUGUCGGCCUGCCCCCCGAGAAACCCUUCAACAUCAGCUGCUGGUCCAAGAACAUGAAGGACCUGACCUGCCGCUGGACGCCCGGAGCCCACGGGGAGACCUUCCUCCACACCAACUACUCCCUCAAGUACAAGCUGAGGUGGUAUGGGCAGGACAACACCUGUGAGGAGUACCACACGGUGGGGCCUCACUCCUGCCACGUUCCCAAGGACCUGGCACUCUUCACGCCUUACGAGAUCUGGGUGGAGGCCACCAACCGCCUGGGCUCUGCGCGUUCGGACGUGCUCACGCUGGACAUCUUGGAUGUGGUGACCACGGACCCCCCACCUGAUGUGCACGUGAGCCGCGUCGGGGGCCUGGAGGACCAGCUGAGCGUGCGCUGGGUCUCGCCACCAGCCCUCAAGGAUUUCCUCUUUCAAGCCAAGUACCAGAUCCGCUACCGCGUGGAGGACAGUGUGGACUGGAAGGUGGUGGAUGACGUCAGCAAUCAGACCUCGUGCCGCCUGGCGGGCCUGAAGCCCGGCACGGUCUACUUCGUGCAAGUGCGCUGCAACCCGUUCGGAAUCUACGGCUCCAAGAAGGCUGGGAUCUGGAGCGAGUGGAGCCACCCCACGGCCGCCUCCACCCCCCGCAGCGGUGAGCGCGCCAGCAGGGCAGGGCCGGGCAGCCCCCGAGCCACCCCCAGCCGGCCUGAGCCCCCGUUUCCUUGUUUGCUCCAAGAGAGCAGGGGGUCUCCAACUGGUGGCCCCAGCAGGGCCAAAAUGUGGUCCCUGGCUCUACUACUGUCUUUGGCCUGUCAUUGGGACAGGAAAAGUGUGACCUACUUGCGGAAACUUAAAAACAGGAAGUUUUUGCACAGAUAUCCUCCAUCCCCUAGAAAAAUCAAUUCUCCAGAAAGGGCAGCAAGACACAGCCCACGGCCCCCACUAGCAGCCCUCACUCUCCAUUUGCCCACCGCCACCUGGCCUGCUUUGCCCACUUAAAUUCCUUCCUCAGGCCUCAGAGCAAGUGAGUUUGAGACCCCUGCUUCCUAGGCCGUUAGGCUGCCAGCUCCCCGUCCGAUGGGACUCAGUUUCCCCUUCUGAUCAGGGUGGGGGGAUGGGAAUGAUCAGGAGUCCGGGUCUGCUUCCUCUUGCUGUCUGGGCUUCCUCUGAGCCUGUGGACUUCCCUUCUUUCCUUUGUGAAAUGAAACGGAAUCCUCGCUUGGAUUGCCUAGCCUCAGUUUCCCCAUCCGGGAAGUCAGGACAAGAACCACACCUGCCUCGGGCUCUUGUGAGGGUUGGAUGACAUAAUUCCCCGUGACAGGUGCCCACAUGGUGGGUGCCACCUAAGCGUUUGGGGGCAGUACCAGUCCCUGCUACCCCCACCACUGCAGGGGGGACCCCUUUUUCCUCAGGUGAGGACGUUGGGACCCCAGGAGGUCGCACAGAGAUCUGAAUUCGGUUCACUGGAAGUCCAAGCCCAUGCUCAUGGGGACGGUGGGGAAACUGAGGCCCGGGGAGGGUCCCAGAGCCAGAGAGGGGCAGAGCCGGGCUCCAGCCCGCAAUCCAGCCCCUAUCCCGGGCCCCUCCAGGUUCAGGGGUGGGCGGGAGCGAGCGCGGCCGGGCGGGGCCUGAGCCUUGGCCCCUGCUCGUGCCCAGCACCUGCGAAUCUUGCACGGGAGCCAGCAGGCGCUGC